UGCAGCACUGAAACUUACCUUUAAGAAACAAAGACAAUGGCUUUCAGUAGAAACGCUCUUUCCUUCAACCAUCAAUUAAUUUCCGGUUCCACCACUAAGCAUCCCACUGUUGACACGAAAGCAGGCACUACUUCCGUUGUUUCCCUGCCGAUGAUCCCUCAAACACUGCCCGUUCUGACCAUAAACAACCCUCUUUCAUCUGUUGGAACCGUUGAUAAGAAAGAGGUUGUUAAAAAUAUUCCUGGGAAAUUUGGAAAGUUUGGGGGAAAAUAUGUGCCCGAGACACUUAUAACUUGUUUAGGCAAACUUGAAGCUGAGUUCAACUUGGUUUUGCAUGAUUCUGGGUUUCAGGAGGAUCUGGCAACAGCAUUAAGGGACUACGUCGGAAGAGAGACGCCGUUAUACUUUGCUCAGCGGUUGACGGAUCACUACAACAAGAACAGCCACGGCGAAGGACCGGAGAUUUAUCUAAAGAGAGAGGAUCUAAACCACGGCGGUGCUCACAAAAUAAACAACGCCAUAGCGCAGGCGAUGAUUGCUAAACGGAUGGGCCGGAAAACCAUAGUGACAGCCACCGGGGCUGGCCAGCAUGGAGUUGCGACAGCCGCAGCAUGUGCAAAGCUUUCACUAGACUGUACCAUCUUCAUGGGGGCUACUGAUAUGGAAAAACAAGCCUCCAAUGUCCAAUUGAUGAAGCUUCUCGGUGCUAGAGUUGAACCUGUUGAUCAUGGAACAUUCAAAGACGCGAGUUCGGAAGCCAUUAGAGCGUGGGUUGGGGAACUAGAAACGAGCUAUUAUCUGACGGGAACGGCUGUAGGGCCUCAUCCGUGUCCGAGCAUGGUGCGUGAAUUUCAAUCGGUCAUCGGAAAGGAAACGAGAAGGCAGGCCAUGGAGAAAUGGGGUGGGAAGCCAGAUGUGCUGGUGGCUUGCAUAGGGAGUGGGUCCAAUGCUUUAGGUUUAUUUCAUGAGUUCAUAAAGGACGAAGAUGUAAGGUUGAUAGGGGUGGAGGCCGGUGGGUUUGGGCUAGAUAGUGGCAAACAUGCUGCGACUUUAGCAAGGGGAGAUGUGGGGGUGUAUCAUGGAGCUAUGAGUUAUCUUUUACAAGAUGAUGAAGGACAAAUUCUGGGUCCCCAUUCCAUUGGUGUAGGGCUGGAGUAUCCAGGGGUUGGACCGGAGGUGAGCUUUUUAAAAGAAACUGGUCGAGCCGAGUUUCAUACUGCCACCGACAAAGAAGCUGUCGACGCAUAUCGACGGCUAUGCCGAUUGGAAGGAAUAUUCCCGGCGCUAGAGGCGUCACAUGCAUUGGCUUUCCUAGAGAAACUAUGCCCUACUCUUCCACAUGGGACCAAGGUUGUCGUUAAUAUCAGCGGCCGUGGAGAUAAAGACGCUGCCAUCGUCUCCCAAUACUAACCACAUCCAAGAUUAACACUAUAUAUAAUUUU